AUGAUGUAAGCUGCCUUGAGCCCUUUGUAUGAAAAAGGCAGGAUAUAAAUGGAAAAUAAAUGGAAAAAAUUUUUCCUUCCAUGUGCCCCUCCAGCUGUUGACACAGGCAGCAACCAAAGUUCAAGCCUUUGCGCUCUGAGACCUUAUAAAAAGCAGGCAUCCUGAAGAAAUGAAUGUCUUCCUGGCAGCAUGCUAGUUCUUCCCAGGGGAUAGUCCAGCCUCACCCGUCCCCCAGUCCCUUUGGUCUCUAUUGGCAUCUGCAAUGAAGGCAGCACUAGGCUGUGGAGAUCCAUACUGUGCCAACAUUCAUCACUACUGAACAUCCCUUACAUCAGAGCUGGGCAGUCAGAGGCCACAUGUGGCUCAUGGUGCUACCCAGGAAAUUUUUCAUUCCUUUCUGCACCAGCUGCCAUCCCAGGGAGAACAGGGGAGAGGCAGGCACCCACACAUGUGCCCAGUGCAGCAGCUAGAGUGGCAGAGCAUCCUUUCCAGUCACUGUGCUCCGUGUUAAAGCUUUUGUGUUUAAGGAUGCAUUUCGCAGUCCAUCAUUUUCCUUGCAACAGUAGUCAUUUGAUCAACAUGGGCACAAGCAAUGAGUGAAAUGAUGAGUCAGGCAAGGAGAGGUGAAAGUGGGGUGGCAGAGAGGUGAAGGAUUAGAGAAAGAAAAGGAGAAAAGAGAUUGUGAAAGCUAAGAGAGAAUAGAUGGAUGAUGCAAGUAGUGGGAAAGGGUGAAGGGGGGUGUUGGAGAGAAAGAGAGGGAGUUGUGGAGGAUGAUGUUUGUUAAAAGACCAUCACCACCCAGCAUUCUUUUCCUCUUUCUCUUGAGAUGCUUAGAAGAGAAAAAGGGAAAAGCUCUCUUGAUUCUGAUUUUAUUCGUAAGAAGAAAGGGAGAGUGUGGGGAUGGCUGUGGUCCCACUCACUCUCAGCAUUACUCCUGCGGGCAGGUCAGGGAAGGUGGAAAAUGGGUUGUUCAAUCCUGCUGUGUAUAUUUAUACUGCUAUGGGUUGGGGAGGAUGCAUAAGCAAGACAUCAGGCUAGGGAUGCUAUUCUGUACAAGUUUAAGUGAGGAAAACCAUCCUCAAAUGAUCAUUAUGCCCCAAACAGGUGCUUGUCGCUACUUUGCUGACUUGCACAUGCUGUGAAUUGUAGACCGUUUUUCUGCCUAAGUGUGCAUAGGAUUGGACCUCAAAUGUAAUAACAACAAGCAGUGGCAGUCGCAAGGCAGAGUAGAAGACUUGGGAGUAGCCUGAAGGCUCAAGAACCAACCAUCUCAUUUAAUAGCAGGACUAAGCACUGGAAAGAAGUUAGUGUGCAGGAAGCAGUAAGUCUGGUUUGUCCACCUUGUAUGCCCUAUUUUCUGGUCCAUUCCAUCCUUGCUAGUCCUGUUCUUCUACUCAUAAUAGGACCAGAUACUGCCCAAGUGGUUGUUUAUCAGAGAAUGGGUUUUUAGAAUCUAAAUCAGCACAUUUCCAAAAGCAAUUAGGUGCUUUGAUGCUAGUUCAGGCAGUUCUUGGAUUUGUCAGCUAUGGUGGCUGAAGGCAUCCAUAUGAGAACCCCAUAAAGUCUGUCUACUUUUUUUCUUGUUUUUGGGAAGGGUGUCAUCCUUUGGCCAGUGUAAGGGCUGGGCCGGGCAACACACAAUUUACAUUCCAUGACUGGGGUUUUCCUCCUGUAGUCAAGUAAACACAGAGCGCCGUCUUUAAAAGAAGAAAUGAACUGCAGGAGCUUGUGUUGCUUCCUGCCAUGUUCUUGUGAAAGCACUUAAGACGGUUUCUCCUGAGCCUUAUUUUGAAAGCAGACACGUCAAAGGAGGGAAGCAACACUGCAGGCAGCUCCCAUUCAGUGCAGGCACUUGCUACCGCUGCAUCUUCUGCUCCCUCUGCCUGCUGGACAGCACAUACAGUCAGGUACUGGAGAGGAGGCAUGCAUUUGUAAACCAAGCAGGAGGGGCCUGAGAAGAGACGUUGGCUUAUUACAUCCACCAUGACCCUCGACCAAACCAUCUGGAUCUGCAUUGCCUUUUGUCUUGGGGCCACCCAACCUGUGAGAGGGCUCAGCUGGGAGCGAGCGACUGCCAGUCCCAUUAUCCAACAUGAGCCGUUUGUUGUGGUGUGGAACUUGCCCACAGCCAGAUGUCAAGAGCGUUUUGAGAUCCCCCUACCUCUUGAAGACUUCAGCAUUGUAGAGAACAAAGGCAAUCUGUUUCGUGGUCAGAACAUGACUAUUUUUUAUAAAAAUAAGUUUGGACUCUACCCUUACAUUUCCCCAGAGGGUGAGUGGCAUAAUGCCGGAAUACCCCAGAAGGUCCACUUGAAGGAACACCUAGAAAAGGCCUCAAAAGAAAUAACUGAACUCUUGCACCACGACUUCCGAGGCCUAGCAGUGGUUGACUGGGAGGAGUGGCGCCCUCUCUGGAGGCAGAAUUGGGGCCCCAAGAAGGUGUACAGGGAGGCCUCUGAACAGUGGGUGCGGGAAAGAUUUCCUGGUCUAUUCCCCGAGGAACAAGCUCUCUUGGCUGAGCUAGAGUUUGAAGAAGCAGCUCGGGGGCUCAUGGAAAGCACACUGCGCCUGGGGAGGCAGCUGAGGCCACAGGGGUCCUGGGGGUUCUACCGGUUCCCUGAUUGCUUCAAUGACAACUGGGAGAAAGAAGAAAACUAUACUGGACAUUGCAGUCCCACAGAGGUCAAGUCAAAUGAUCAGCUCAUGUGGCUCUGGAAGGCUUCCUCGGCACUCUAUCCCAGCAUAUACUUGCCACCAAAGCUCCCAUUAUCUCUCCGCCAGCAUUACAUUCACCACCGCCUCAGGGAGGCAUUGCGGGUGGCCCAGUUUGGCCUGAAGCAGCCUCUCCCUGUGAUAGCAUAUUCCAGAGUCUCCUACAGGCAUUCCUCAAGGUACCUAAGUGAGUCUGAUUUGGUGUACACAAUUGGAGAGAGUGCAGCACUGGGAGCUUCUGGGGUUGUGCUCUGGGGUGAUCUCUCCUAUUCCCAUUCACCUGAGAGCUGCAGGAGCCUGCGCCAUUACAUCACCACCAAGCUGGGGCCGUACGUCAUCAACGUGACCAGAGCAGCACGCAUGUGCAGCCACCAGUUGUGCCAUGGGAAUGGACGCUGCGUGAGAUGGGACCCUGGCGAGCUGGGAGCCUUCCUUCACCUGGACCCACAACUGUGGGAAACAGCUUUUCUAGACCCAGACGUGUCUGUGUGGGAGCAGUUCCAGUGUGUCUGCUAUCCUGGCUGGGCUGGUACCUGGUGCGAGAGGCCAGCAUGGAUGGAAUCCAUCAAGGGACCAGAGUGUAAUAAGGCUGCGUGGUAUUAUGAUCUCUAUGGCGCACUGCAUGACAACAGGAUCGGCACAAAGUCAAGCAACUGUCCUCCCAUUUAUGAGAAAAAGACAGAACUCCAGAACCCCUCCCCACAAAUCCAGCCCUUUAAGCAAGGCCAGUCUUGACGGAUUCUCUUCUAGAAAGAGAAGGCUCCUUGCCUGGGUGACCCUUCCAUUGUCAGGUUUCCAGAAUGACAUCCAGAUGUCAGCAAGCACACACAACACUUUCUGUUUUGCAGUCCAGUAACAGAUAACAGAUAAAAUAAUCACUAUUAUCAGAUAAUAUCCUCAAAGGCUUCUCUAGAGACACACAUGCCCGGGAGGAGCCUUAGCUCAGUGCCUCAGCCAUGCUUAGGUUCGAUCCCCAGCAUCCCUCAGGUAGCUGGAUCAGGUAGCUGGCAAAGCUGGAGAGCAGACAAACACAUGGUCAAUCAGAGCUGACAAAUACCAGGAUGGAUGGACACAUACUCAGUCCUGGGAGAAGGUGGCUUCCCAUGUUCCCCAAAUGUUAGAGUUAAAUGGAGCAGUAGGGUUCUGUAGUAAGGAGAUAAAACCUUGUCAGAACCCCAUGAUGAAAUCCAUCAGGUAUGAUAAAGAGACACUUGCCGACCCUAACAAUCGUACAGUUGUGGCACUGAGUAUAGCUUGUGCGCUUCCGUGAUAAAGGUAUUCAGAAUCUGCUUGUGACAUGGCAGAGGAGAUGCGGGGAGAUUUUCUCAGCGGGUUUGUCUUUCCUGCUGAGCCAGUAUGGCUCUGCAGUGGAACAGCUGCUGUGCCUGCAGAGGGACCCAAGUGCAAUCCCCAGCAUCUCCAGGUAGGGCAGGAAGAGCUCCAUCCUGGGAGCCUGGUGAGCCAUUGCCAGUAGGGUCAAUAAUACUGGGCUAGAUAGACCAUCUCGUUCUGCAUCAGGCAACCUCCUAUGUGCCUCCCACCCAGGGAAUAUGGCAACUUGGUGGUGGUGGAUGCCUGGAGUGCCGCAUCACUUCUGUGCUCACUGCAUUAUUCUUCCUGCCUUCUAAAAGAGAGGUAGCCAGUGCCUAUGGGAAAACAGGUUAAAAUGCCCCAUUCUGAAGACAUCUCCAUGCUAGGUUCUUAGAUGUUUCCUGAACUAUUUUUAGCACAUUUGGUUGAACGAGUGUUAUGAAAGUUUCAGAUUCUUUUAAUCUCAGCUGUGCUGCCAUUGUGGGGGCAUCACAUUUUCCCAGACCAAACUGGAAUAUUUUAUAGCUUAAAACAGGCUAUUUCCUACCAGGCCAUACCUCAUGCUUGCUAGCAGUAUGGAAGGUACAGAAGGAACUUUGAACACCUACAGGAUAGUGCCCAUGACAUUCUCAGACAAGAGUGACCAUCUUCUUCCCUACUUGCACUAUUUCAGCAGAUGGGUGGGGGAGAAAGUCUAACUUAAUUUAAAAUAAAAUUUGUUAGACAUGGAGCACUGUUUCCCAACCCUCAAUCUAAAUGUGGUUGCAGUCUUCUUAAUCUUUAAAAAAGAUGGAGACAUGACCACCAAAAUGGUCAUCUUCCCUAAGAAAAUAUUGCGGCUUAUGCAGGGUGUAAGCAAAAGCACUAUUUUUCUACUUAGCAUGGCUGGGGUUGGUGGGAAUUUUAGUACUACAGCACAUCUGGAAGGGCACCAAGCUUGGGAAGGUUGCUCUAUGAUGUGAUGGAAUAAAUACACCACUUUUGAUGCUCCCCACAGCUUCCUGGUUGUUAAGAAUGUAUCCAGGAUUCUAUCUAGGAACAUGCAAGAGGCUGAAGGUGCAGCCUCUGGCACCUUCUCUUGAAGUAGGCCCUGGGGAGACCUUGCAAGUCAGUCCUAAAUGGCUCAGUGGUUUGUUUCUGUGUGAGGUUUUGUACUAUGCUCCCAAUGCUGCACUAUCUUCACCUUUGGUUGGAUCCAACACAGCAAUUCUUACAUUUUUUGAUACAAACAAGAUCGAGAGAAGAGGAGCUCUGGUGGACCAGACCAAGGAGCCAUAGAGUCCAUCUUCCUUUUUAAAUGAUGGUCCAUCAAAUUCUUCCUGAAGCCCACAAGCAGUAGGAACAUGUCCCCCACCAGCAGCUGUUCCAGCUAAUUCUGUUCAGCAAUAAAUGUAGCAAUAAGAACAUUAAAAGAUUGGAUGUCAAACUGACAAAUCAUCAGCAGUCAUUGUGACAUCAGCCCCUAGAGAAGGGCUUUGAUGUUUCCUCCAAAGCAAAAGCCUGACAGCCUACUAAUAGUUGCUGCAGUUCUUCAAAAGAUUAACAACAACCUCUCACUGCUAAUUUGCUUUUCUAUCCAGUACCCAAACAGUUAAAGCACCACGUUCCAGAUUAAGAUAUAACAACAGUAUGAUAAAUGAAUGGGUUAAAAAAGAAUGUAAUUUGACUAAAAUAAAAUGAUCUUGGGAACAAUUCUUUGUGUUUUUUAAAAUGCUAAACAU